AUGGCUGCAGGAGCGAAGACUCGAGCUGUCAACAUUCAGGAUCUGCCAGAUGACGUCCUGGGCCACAUUUUCGACCAUGUCGCUCAAGUGGUCGACAUUGCACAAAAUCCCGAUGCCGCGGCCAGUAUCGAGGUGGUGGAAGUCAACUUGGCCUCCUUCUCCAAGGGGCUCGCCGAAAAUUUCAAAGCUUUUCAAGAGUAUCAGCGUGCCCUUGCACAAGAGAGAAAGAAAGAGGUCGCAGAAAGGUUGGAGAAGAUGAAGGCUCAAGACGUAAUACCCUCAGGGCUGUGUACCAUUCCAUGUACCCAGGAGCUCCUAGACCAGCUGACUACCGAGUGCAACGACGUGGAGAAGGCUGCCCGCAAACGAAAACCAAAGGGGCCUCACCACCGAUUGAUGCUUUCGGUGCAUGCGGAGUAUAGGCGUCGAUUCCAAGAGCAGAGGGAGUUGUGCAGUGUCUCCCACAGCUCGCUCAUCAAAUGGAUCGCAGAUGCACUGGCGAGAAUGCCCAACCUACAAGCCCUCAAUAUCAAUGAUGACGACGACUAUCCCGACCCCGACCCCGACUCGGACUGCAACUCAACCUACCUCAGUGGUGGACUAUUCAAGAUGAUGACGGCACCUAUGAGUUGGGAGACGUCAAACGCUACUUUUGCCAUGCCAGGUUUCCCUUCUCAGCGCUGGCUGGUAGAGUUGCCCGCUGCGCUGGCGAAUCGCGGCGUCCAAGUCAAGGAAUUCUCCAUCGGCGUCGGUGCUUGCAAAAAGGAUCUCUAUGCACAUCUCGACCCGGCUCGUGGCAAGUUUACCAAAAGUCUUACCAAAUUCGCAGCGAGUCUCCAAAAGUUGACAAUCAACUUCCACUCGGAUGAUAGUGUCGACGCCCUCGAGACUUUUGCAACUGAUCCGGUACCCCGAGACUGUGAAGAAUUGCCCACGUUCUUGUCGCCGGUUGCAAACUAUAUCAACGUUCUCUUCCGCGGGGCAUCUGGCCUCCUGAAACUGCAUCUGAGUUUCAAGGCCUUUGACUUUCGCUACCACGAAAACAUGGGAACACCAGAAUGGCCGCCCUUUUCUGCGCUGCUCGACUUCCGGUUUUGGCCUGAUCUGCGAGAAAUUAACUUGUCAUUCUUCAACACCACGAUUCAGGGACUGAAGAGACUUCUUAAUGGCAGACGACAAGACAUGUGUCUGGAUCUGAAGAACUUGCACAUCGUUCAGGAUACGCUACGAGAUGCGCUCGAAUUUCUCCGCGAGAAGUCAGUUCGGUCUGUCCGGGGAAACGGCGCCAACCCUGAAGGUGCUGUCUUUGUCAACAAACUGGACAAGCCGACAGAUGGCCUGAUCGGGACUAAGAUGAGCGUCGAUGAGCUGCAACGCGUCUUUCAACCGGGUCCUGGCCAGCCAUCUGGCCCCAAAAUUCUAGAGCCGAGUUUAGCCCUGCAAUACGUCAGGCGUACCUUGGGAGAAAAUCCUAUACCUUUGACGGCAGCAGCUUCAAUCAUCAAUGCACCGACAAACAGCGAACCCGUGAGCAGGGACUGGCCUAACGGGGCCAACGGGGAAUUUGACGAAGGGGACGAUGAAGAGGACUACUCAGGGAGUGACAUCGACGGGUUUCGCGAAUGGGAGGAUGGCGAGAACCCCAGUGGGUAUGUCCCUGGCGAGGAGCUCAGAGUCAUAAAUUUUUGGCGAAACCGUGGGUUCUAUGGACCGCCAACCUGGAGAGACAUAAAGGCUUACAUGGAUGAGUACGACUCUGAUUCGGACUUCGAUGGAACCUUCUAUAAUAAAGACGACAGAGAGUGGGAGGUGCGUUACAAUACGCGCCGGUAUAGGUAG